GCUGUGGUGACAAUGUGGUCCCUCCUUCUCCUCCUCUACACAGCUUUCACUGAGCCGCUGAUCACACAAGGUGACAACAGGCUGAUUCUAAUCAAUGGAAGCCACCCAUGUGAAGGCUACAUUGGCAUGUACCAUGACGGCCAGUUGGGCUACGUUGGACAUAAGACCUGGAGCGAUAACAUUGAAAAAGUGGUGUGCAAGAGCACUCAGUGUGGGGUACCUAAGGACAAGUCAAUAAAGAUGGCACCAUCGUACACAUGGAACAAAGUCUGGGUCAAUGAAGUAAACUGCACUGGGGAAGAGCAUCACCUGUGGGAGUGUAACUAUCCUGGUUGGAAAACCAGCUCCGUCGACGAGAGAACUCUGACGAAGAUCCAGUGUUCAAAUGAAAUCAAAAUCAGCCUGGAUGGAUUUAGAUGUGCGGGAGCCGUCAAGUACCAGAGCUCCACCGAUGAGAGGGAAACAGACUCUGGUUACCUGUGUGGUGAUAACUGGGGAAAAGAUCAAAAAGAUCUUUUGUGUAAAACCCUCGACUGCGGUGAAUCCAAGGAUCCUCCUCAUGAGGACUGGAUGGAUUGGAAAGAAUUCGAAGACUCAAAGAGGAUGAAGAUCAACUGUUCAGGCAUGACAAAUGUAACUCAUCUGUGGCAGUGUGCCCCUAAGGAGGAAAAAUUAUGCAAAAAAACUGCUUCUGUCAUGUGCGCAGAUUUUAAGAGACUGCAACUCCAAGGAAACCCAUCAAAUGUCUGUUCUGGGCGGCUGGAGGAAAUGAAAAGUAAUGUCUGGAGUAACUGGAGUGAACCUGUUAGCACCAGCAAAACUGGUCCUGAUGUGUGGUGCCAGCAAAUGCACUGUGGUACCAAUAUGAAUCACAGUACCGACAAUGGGACCACAAAUCUCAACUGCUCAGACAAUGUUAAAGUGGUUCUGAUAUACAACAACCAACCCAGCAAGUGCUACGGUGCAGUUAAUAUUGAAGUGAAUGGUAGUCGUAGCCCCGUGUGUGCCAACACCUGGACCCAGAAGGAAGCUGCAGUGGUUUGCAAAGAGCUAGACUGUGGGGAUGUGCAUAUUGAAAAAAAGAAGCCUCCAGGAUCAGUCAAGGGGAUAAUGGACAAUGUCAAUUGCUCAGGCAACGAAGCGUCACUGUGGCACUGUAGCGCCAAGCAUGUCAGCUCAUGUUCUUCCGAGGCCUACGUAGUCUGUUCAGAUAGUAUGGAAGUGAGAUUGGCGGACGGUCCUGGAAAAUGUGCCGGGAGAGUGGAGAUCCAGUAUGAGGGCCGAUGGCAACGGGUCCAUGAGAGAGCACAGAAUUUAAAUGCUGUCUGCAGAGAACUGGGCUGUGGGAAUGAAAGAAAUUCGACCAAAAGAACUGAAAAGUUCUUCCAGGGCUCAGGUGAUUUUCUGACUGUAACAUGCAAGAGUACCGCCAAAAACAUAUCCGAGUGUACACUGCAGACGGAUGAAGGCGUGAAGGAGAAGGCGCAGGCGCAGGGAAUAACCUGUGAAGAGCACAAGGUGGUGAUACUGAAGGGAGGUGAUUCCUGUUCUGGCCGGGUGGGGAUAAAGCACGGCAAAAACACCAAAUGGCUCUCCGGCUCUAACGAGACAUGGAACCAACAGUCUGCAAACACAGUGUGUCAGCAGAUGCACUGUGGGAACGCCUUAUCCUUUAACUCCGAGUCUAGUGCUGAUAUCCAGAAAGAUGUUUGGGCUGAAUCUUACAAAUGCUCAUCCGACACCAAAUCUCUGUUUGACUGUAAAAAAAACAAUCUGACCACCAAACUGCCAUCUGACCACGGAAACACUAGUGCCACUGUGAAAUGCUCAGGAAAACUCGAAGUGAAGCUGAGCAAAGGCUGCUGGGGGAAUGUCAGUGUUUGGGUGGACGGCAAGAAGAAUGGAAGUGUGUGCGCAGACAACUGGGAGAAGAAAAAGUCUGAGAUGCUGUGUAAAAACCUGGACUGUGGGGACAAAGUCCUGACACGAAUCACCGAGCCUGGAGAAAGUAAGGCCCUCUUCACAAGUUUGCACUGUACAGACGAGGCGACCAGCCUGACCCAGUGCAACUUCGUCAGGAAUGAAAGGGGUAUCAGCUGUGAACAAGCCUAUGUUGUUUGCUCAGGUAGCGUCGAGUAUGGAUUUAGUGAUACCAGAGAUAAAUGUUAUGGAAAUGUGGUGGUGCACUAUGAAGGCCGGAGGCUCCCAGUUUGCAAACCUGCUCUUGACAUCAAAACACAACACAUCAUCUGUGAGAAGCAGAAAUGUGGUCAGGCUGUCAAAGAGAUUGACUACUUCGGACCAAAGCCAGUAGAGAAUUAUUUAAUUUCAAAUAUAACUUGCGAUAACAAGUCAAUAACAUCAUGCAAUGUCAAGCCAGCGAUGACACUCUGCGAAUUAGGUGGCCUCCAAUGCUCCGACUGGAGAAAGAUGGCGCUGACAAUGGGCAAGGCCUGUAGUGGAGAUGUGUUUGUUCACUCGAAGGAGGAGAAAAUAAGUCCUGUUUCCUCUGAAGGCUGGAGAGCAACUGAGAGGGACAGACUCUGCCAGGAUUUGCAAUGCGGCAAAUACAGGUCAAAUAAAACGACUCCAUUGACUCAAUCCGUUCUCUGGUCCACCAGCUUCAGCUGCGAAGGUGUACAGAAACCAGAGAACAUCUGGGACUGUGAGAAUCAAACCUCGUCUUCACAGGGAAACACAACAGAGCAGCUGAAAAUUGAAUGUGAAGGUGAGCCCAGUGUCAACCUUUCACAGACAUGUCGUGGUGAAGUGAAGAUAGAUGGCAUUGAGGUUUGUGCCGAUCAGUGGAAAGACAAAUAUUCCCAGUUGGUUUGCCAGGAAAUGAACUGUAGCAACGCUGUUCCUGAUUUCUUCCAUGGUGAAAAUCCUAAACCGGGGAAGCAGUACUUCCAUGUCAGCUGUGAGGAGAACCAUUUUAAACUUGGCCAGUGCAAGAGAGUCAAAAAAGACUGUAAAGGAAGAUUGGUGUCUGUUAACUGUGUUAGCCAAAUCAAGUUCGACACCUCAGAAAAAUGUGGAGGUCAGAUUAAAGUCAACUAUCGAAAUAAAUGGGAAUACGUGUGUCCCCUGACGUCAUUUCCAUCGAAACUUAUGGACUCGCUGUGUGUUGAGUGCGAUGGUCACAAUAGAAGCAUAAAAACACCUCAGAAUGAAUCAGUGGUGACCUUGGAAACAACGCUGAAUUGCGCCAGCAAUACCCAGGACAUCAAGUACUGUGUCCGCACCCAGUCCUGUAAAGAUGUCAAAGCAGCUGAGAUCUACUGCAACGAGUAUGUGUUCCCAACAAUCCCCGAACCUAAACGCAUCCCCGACCGCACAGUGGAAAUUAUUGUGGGAGUAGGAUUUGUUCUGGUUCUGGUGGUGUUGAUUGUCGUAUUUAUAAUAAUCUGCGUUGUCAGGAAAGCCAAGAUUUUCUCAUCGAGAAAGUUGCAGAGAAAAGAAGUGGAGUUUGAAAGUGGCGACUACGACGACGUCACGAGCAAAGCAAACGAAAUGGAGGUCUUGAGUGGUGGCAGAUUCCCAUCGGAGACUGAAGUCGUCACGGAGAACGACGCGCGGAGCACUUCCUCUUUUCCUUACGAUGAUAUCGAUGACAUAGCCGUGGCUCAGCCCCUGACCUCUAAGGCCGCCACCGCCGCUGCCUCAGGAGACAACGACAACCAUGAGGGUGACCUCCAUCAAAGCGCAGAUGGGGUGAUCUACGAGGUAGACGACCCGCAGGAGAAUUACGAGGACAUCGAAGCCAAAAUCAUUCAGACUGAAGCUGAAGUCCACAACAGCCCCCAAACCACACCUGAAAGCAACGCAGCGCCACCUCCAGGAUUAGAGCAGGGGGAUGAGGACUACCUGGUGCCAGGCCAAGACGGGUGAGCCAAAACUGGGUUUAGCUGGCAAAGCAGAUCUCCCCAAAACCUAGCUCCCAUUUACUCUGACAAGAAGGUACCCAAAAUAUCCAAAUUACAGACGGACCAACAAUAUUAUUGUAGAGGAAUCUUUAGAUGAAGCAGAAAUUUGCUGCAAUAUUUAACUUAAAAAAACAACUUUAAAUUGUGUGUAUAAAAAAGAAAUUCAUCCUCGAUAAAACAAGUGGAAUUAUGCAUAUUCUGAAAUACUGAUCAUUUCCAACCAGACAAGAUUGUACAGUUUAUGAAUAGAAAAACAAGGCAUUUCCUGUGUCUACCAAAAACAUAAUCUGAUUGUGUACUGCUUAUUUGUAUACUUUAUCUCUUUCUUUUUUUUUUACUGUUUAAUCAAAUGUACAAUUAUAUCACCGGUGAGGAGAACGAGUGGUAAAAUGUCCUUUUUCUUCAAAUGUUCAAAAUUAGAGUGAUAGGAAGUUAUUACAACUUUGUAUCUCUUUCUUUCUUUGUUUUCAUUGUAAAAUCUUCUGCCUGUUAUUGAUUUUAUGGCUUUUAUGAAAUGUGCUGCAAAUGUUUAACAUAUAUGUUUUUUUUUAUUAUUUUGUUAAGAAAAUCCAGGCUGUUCUCAUACACUGAUCGUAGCUAUACCUACGAAAAGUAAUGC